UCGAAAACGUUAUUGAAAGUUUUAAUUAAUUUCUUAUCGAUCUUACGUUAACGUUCAUUAUCCUGUUUUGGGUGCAUUUAUCUACUGUAUGUACUGUACGGUACGCAAGGUUUGUUUUGUUGUCUGCUCUCAUCCGUUAACCAAUGCACAAUGACAGUCCUCUCCACUCACUUCAAAAAUGGGAAGCGGAACAGAAAGACGUGAUCCGGAAGCACUCUUCCUUCAGAUUUCAAUUAAAGCUAAAGAACUCGGAAUACAUUAUAGUCAAUUAGAGAAUUUAUCAUCAUUAAAGUUAAUAAAAAAGCGAACAAACUACGAUGCGAAUCCCAAACGUAGAAUAUGGUUUGCAAGUUUAGUUUGCAUUGUUGCCGUUAUUACUUAUUACAGUUUAUAUACAAGAGAAGGAUUUACUCGAGUGAUGUUUUAUUGGAAUGAUGUCGAUGAACGAGAAGAAUUAUGCACGAUAGACAUGCCACCAUCGGUUAAUAAUAUGUUUUUGCCUUCGUUGGGAUGCUCACAUUGUUCGAACGUAGCUGAAAUUCAACGUAUAUCCGGCAUUUCUCCCGAAUACUUCGAAAAAAUGUACGCCUAUACUGGAGUACCUGUUGUUAUAUCCGAUGCAACUGUAAACUGGACAGCUCCACAUGUAUUUAGUUUUGAAUUUUUUAAAUCUUUAUACUAUGAAAAUAGUUUUACAUCGAGCAAGACUAGAAUGAAUUGCCAAUUCUUUCCUUACAAAACUGAAUUUAAUCAUUUAGGAGAAGUAUUUGAAAUGUCCGAGGACAGGGCUUUGAUGAAGAAAGGUACCGAACCUUGGUAUAUAGGAUGGGGUAAUUGUGAUCCAAAUGUAGCGAACUUAUUAAGAACUUAUUAUCAACGUCCUUAUUUUCUUCCUCCUCUUUCCGAAGCCACUAAAAUGGAUUGGAUAUUCAUGGGAAGUCCUGGCUAUGGAGCUAACAUGCACAUUGAUAAAGUAAAUUAUCCUUCGUGGCAAGCUCAAAUCAAAGGGAAAAAAAGAUGGAUCUUAGAACCUGUACCUGAAUGUUAUCUACAAUGUAAAACCUUGGAGAUCAUCGUGGAAUCAGGAGAAAUUAAUUCUUCCAUUGACGUUGUUAUUUCAACUGAUACUUUAUGCAGAGUACAAAAUAAUCGUAAUGUUUUAAAAGAAAUCAGGAGAGUCUUGACACCUGGUGGAAAAUUCUUUUAUACAGAACAUACACAUCAUCAAACUGGAAGUUGGAAGUAUCAUAUACAGCAUAUUAUAGAUCCACUAUGGAAAAUUGUAUUUGAUGGCUGCAGUUUAACACAAGACCUUUCAUCAUUAAUUGAACAAAAUCAAUUUACUCAUGUUACUCAGUUCAAGAUAUAUCAGCCUUGGGGUAAAAUACUUGAAAUAUUUUUAAAUCCCUUAUUGAUUGGAACUGCAACCAAAUAGCAUACAAAACAACUUAUAUACAUGUUUUCUUUUUUAAUAAUUGAUAGAAAAUAAGCUUUUUACAGAAAGAUAUAUACAUAUUGUAUAUUAUUAUACUGGGUGAUUGUAAUUAAAUUAGUCUACUCACUGGUAUGUAUAGAGAUAUUUAAUAGAACAAAUGAAAAAACAAAUUAGUACCAAACUCACCACUAUGGCACAUUUCACUUCACAAGCAACAAAAAUUUUAUCUGUACAAGAUGCUCAAGACCUUAACAAUGCAGAGGAUACUGCUCAAUGUGGCCUCCAUUCUGAAGGUGUAACCAGUGAUCACUGGCUGAUCAUAAUUGAUCUUCUGUGAUGCCUCUCACAUGCAGUGUGAACUCUCUUCCAAGGCUGCCAAAUUUGCAACAUAUCUUCAACAAAUCACAUUUUUUAAGAGUCCCUAUAGAUAAAACUACAUUUUUGAGCUUUCAGUGCCAAAAGUGUCAUACUGGUAAGUUUUGGUAUGUUUUUUUAAUGGACAUGUCUUUUGCAUGUUCUGAAAUGUCACCAUAUGAAAUUUGGUUGCAUUUGAACCGAUAAAUAUUUGUCUAGACCAGUGUUCCACAACCAGUGUGCCAUCACAUGGUGAACUUCCAUUCACCAUGAACCAUUCACAUGUUGAACUUCCAUUCACCAUGAACUUUUACAUAUUCUGUUAAUUUUCAAGUUUUAUUUAUAUUUUUAUCAACGUUGUUGUGUUUCUUAUGCUUGUAUUUCAUUCUCUGCCACAGCACUGAUGAAAUAAGAU